AUGUUGCCAGAGCCACAUCUCAAUGAGGCUACGAAUGUGGUUAUUGAGGAGGCUGUACCUCUCGCGGAGGACUCUAAGGAUAUGAUAGAUCCAGGAAUGGCUUCUGAUGAGGACGUGCCGGUCUUCAAUCGUCACAUAUCGGCCCUUUGGGAAAGACUACGUGCACGCUUCAGGAGCGCCACCCGCAAGACGAUGGUUGAAGUUGAAUAUGAUAAAAUGCUCGGCGUUAAGUGUUACGAGUAUAUGUGCGUUAGAUAUGUAUUUGAUACUAACGUUGGUCGGUUCCGUCCUGUUGGCAUGGGAGAAUGGACAGCUUCUGAGAUGCAUAACCGGCUGAGAACUGGUGGUUUAAGUCACGAGGAGGCCACACUUGAGUUGGAGGAAACGGGUCCGAACGCGAUCAGAGUGCGAGUCCCCGGGAUCAUUGAGAGUCUGGCUUCGGAGUUCAGCGAUGUUCUCUACAUACUACAGUCUAUUGCGGCCUGGACAUACAUCGUGUAUACGACGUGGAAUAUUGGAAUAAUAUGGCUCGGCAUGACUCUGAUUGCGGGGAUCUAUCGAGCCUUGUUCAUCGUGAGGAGGGGCCAGAAGAAGAUCGCUACCUUGGCGAAGUUAGAGACUAGGGUGCAAGUUCUGAGAUCAGGCAAGUGGAUUGAAAUUGGCUCCCAUGGUGUGGUCCUCGGCGACUUACUUAAAGUGGAGGAACGUGAACCUCUCCCUUGUGACGGAGUGGUCGUGGAGGGUUCUAUAAUCGUCAAUGAGUCCAUGCUCACUGGUGAGCCCAUGCCCAUACAGAAAUUCUCUGUGGAUGACAUUGAAGAUGCUGAAAUCACCAAGAAGAACAAGGCAUAUGCAGGCACUAUGUGUAUGCAGUCAACUGGCCCCCACGAUGGUCGUGCCAUUUUGCUGGCAACCAGUGUCGGAGCUCUCACGACGAAGGGACAACUCAUUCGUAUGGUACUUUCCCCACAGUCUGUCAGGUUCAAAUACACUGAUCAGCUUCCAAUUAUCUACGGUAUGCUAGCUCUGUAUGCUGUACUCAUCAUCAUUCUGUUCAUGACCACGACAAGUCUGGGUUCCUGGGUGGUCACCGUAUUGGAAAUUCUGAGUGCUAUUGCUCAGACGAUGAACCCCAUGUUGCCCGUCUCUAUCGUCAUGGGCCAAUCAGUGGCGGCCUUCAGACUCGACAAGCAUCAUCAGAUAUCAUGUCUCCAACCAGGGAGGAUUCCUGUUGCUGGCAAGAUCUCAACGAUGGUGUUCGACAAGACCGGCACCAUCACGAAGGACGGUAUGGACUUCGCGGCGGUGGUGGCCGUGGACCCUUCGAGUAGAACCUUCCUCAGCAAGGUGCAGUUUGAGCCGGAUUUGCCUCCUCUUGAUGAGAGAAACAAACGUGUGAUUUCUGAGCGCAUUCCUCUGAAGAUGCAAUACGGCCUCGCUUGCUGCCACACUGUGACUACUCUCCGUGAUGGAACAUUCGUUGGUAACCACGUUGAAGUGUCGAUGCUCACUAUGACUGGAUGGUCUCUACCGAAGCCGGAGAGCUCAGACGAUAUCAUAACUUCACCGAAUGGGGAGCAUAAACUCAAGGUCUUGAAGAAACUUGAGUUCGACCACAACAGAAUGACAUCCGGGAUUGUCGUCAGAGAUCUGUCAACGGAUGAGGUUAUUGUCGUCAUAAAGGGCUCGUAUGAACGUGUGGUCGCCUUGUCGUUACCCGACACACUCCCCAAGGACUAUGUUGAAGUCUCUGAGGGAUGUGCUUCUGAUAACUUCUACACCUUGGCAAUGGCGACUAAGACUUUGGACGGCUCUUUCACGGACGAGCAAAUCACAGCGGCCAAGAGGGACUCUUUUGAAUUCGACCUUUCCAUGUGCGGACUGCUUCUCUUCCGCAAUGAGAUGAAGCCCGACUCCCCAGCUGCCAUUGAGGCCUUGACCGCCGGCAAUAUUCGCAACGUUAUGUGCACUGGCGAUAAUGUCUUCACUGGUAUCGCUAUUGCCAAGGAAUGUGGUAUAAUUGGGAAAAGCAAAAAUGGACGACUUUUAAUAGGAGACUAUGAUGAGGAGAUGGAUGAGCUCCUUUGGGUUGACACUGAGACGAACGAGCCCUGCUGUGAUGUGGAGGCCGGGGUAGACCAACUGGCAGUAACUGGAUCUGCAUGGAAGUAUUUGGCUAGGAACUCUGAUGAGCUCGAUAAGCUUUGGAAAGAUAUUUUGGUGUUCGCCCGUAUGAAGCCUGAGGACAAGGUUAACGUGACGAAGUAUCUCCAAUCUCGUAAGCUGGUUGUUGGUAUGUGCGGUGAUGGUGGUAACGACUGUGGGGCUCUCCGUGCUGCUCAUGCUGGCAUGGCUUUAUCUGAGGCGGAGGCAUCUAUGGUAUCACCAUUCAGUUCAGGUCGUGAUGGUCGCUCCCUUUUCACAGUUGUUGAUAUGAUUCGUGAAGGUCGUGCGUGUCUUGCCACCAACAUCGCGACUUACUCUUUCUUCAUCGUAUAUGCGUUCAUUCUCACUACUUCUCGAAUUGUCGGUACUAUCAUAGGGAAUCAAGUGCCAGGGGAAUGGUUCUGGAUAUCCCAAGAUGUCCUCAUCAGUGUCAUCAUGGUGUGGACGAUGACUCUCUCGGGUCCGGCAGCAAAACUCGGCGACUAUCGCCCUAGUGGAUCUCUCCUCGGUUGGAGAACCAUCCUGAUGUGUACUGUCCCUAUCAUCACUUUUUUCCUCACCCAAAUUGUGGCACUUGCUUUCCUGUGGUCACCUUCUAACAGUGAGUGGUAUAGCCGUGUUAACACUCUCGACCUCCAAGUGCCGCCACAAGAGUGGGCGAAAAAAGGGGACAAUUACGAUAUGCCCGUCCAAGUUAUCCUCUUGCUUACGACACUCAGCACACAUGCCUACGUUUCCUCAUAUGGAGGAGCUUUCAGAAGGAGUGUACUCAGGAACUGGGCUCUGAAUGUGAUGUACAUAAUCGUCAACAUCUUGCUCUUCAGUCUACUUUGGGUUCAGCCAGGAGAUCUCUCCUGUGUGUUCCGCAUCAACUGCGACACAGGUGCCUCUCUUGAAACAGCUGGUCUGCCUAUCAUCGAACAAUACUCAGUGGGAUCGGUUGGUGGUUGUUUUCUGGGCCCCCAGAUCCAUAAAUAUCAACAAGCAGUUCCUGAGCUUAGCAGUUGGUUUCCGCUACCCCAGGAUGACUGCCGGCCUACCGGUCCGGGUUCCGAUGUCGCUUUGCAACGCUAUCCUUGGGAUUCUCCAGCGAUCUCCACGCUGGGAUAUUCUGGGCCCAACAAUGUCUAUCCAGUGUCAUUCCGGGUUGUUAUGACGGUAAUCCUAGUUUUUUACAUCAUGAUUCAACACGUGACGUUUGGUUUCGGGUUCUCUGGCUCGUAUUGGAGGAAGUUGUUGACUAGAUUCGGAGCUGUUAUNNNNACUCUCGGAGCAUUAGGCAUCCAUUCCAUGGGAGUUUUUCUCCUCAAGCACGAUACGACCAUAAAAAAUCCCAUAGACGCUGGGGAUGGGAGAGCUAUUGACCAAACCUCAAACCUGAAGCCCGAAACCCGAGGUCUGGGUUCCGCAAUACUGACCAGAGGAUGA